AUGUUAGAGUUUGCCGGCCACUCAACCAGUGCGUUGGUUGUAUUUUUCGUGGUAUUUGGCUGGUGCCUUGAAAAGCGUGAACUUAUUGCAGUUAUCGCUGUAUUAUUAUUUCUUAUGUAUUUUACAUCGGUAAGUUUCAUGACAUCGAAUAUUUUCAGUUUAAUUGAGCAGCACCUUUCUAGCGCUUCUGUGCUGUUAAGUGUUGCAGAUUUGGUCAGGUGCUUCUUGGCUGUAAUCAUGAUUGCAGAGCUUGAUCGAAUGGGAAAGAUUAUAGGUGUAGGAGGUUUCCAUACCCUCUUGGCCUAA